CACGCGUUCUGCUUGAAUUUUCAGCAAAUAAAAGAAAUAUGUUAAUGCGGCAUUUUAGUGACAAAAAAAACUUUUUAAACAUGCAGUUUGUAAAUUAACAAAGUUUAAAUGAACAUAGCGCAAGCAAAAUGUGUUACGAAUAUUGGUGUGGCGAUUUUUUAGAGCUGCGCUUGGAAAUUAAAUUGCGCUAAAUUAAACGAAUAACUGUAUAUAGCUUGGCUGCACUCAUAAAACUAACGCUUCCAUAUUUUCAGUUACAAGUGGGCCUUUGGUGGGUUAUUCAAACAAUGAUUGAUAACGCAUAAAAUAUAUAAAUUCUAUCCACAAUUGCUAAGCAUUAUUUGUUGAGCUCAACACACAAACCGAAACGGAAACGGAAGUGUGAACGUGCAGAGGAAGUAAAAAGUUGCCAGCAGGAAUUGAAAAAAAAAAAGAGAACAUAGUUCAACACUACGGGUCGUAUGAUUAAUGGAACCUAAAAGAGAGUUUUAAAACUUAAAAAAAAAGGAAAGGAAAAGUGUGACAAGCAACAAGAAAAGCAAUUACAAUAAUAUGUUCAAAUACGCCGUAUUUAAAGAUGUCUGCAUUAGGGCCGGACACUGUGCCAUCAUCUCAGAUCCCGGAAAGGUUGCGGGCUGAGCUAAUACAAGUGUGAAACUCUCCAGAAAUAUGUGAGAGAAUUUUUCAAGAAUUUAUGCAAAACUAGAGUGAAUGGUAACCUAAAUGCUUAAAGAAAAUUUCAAGGAACUUUUAAAAAAUGGCGCCACAGUGAAAAAAAAAGUGCAUAUCAAUACUAAAAUGUCCCAGCUCGGGCGUCAUAAAAUGCUUAAGAAAAAGUGUUGAAAGUGUGUAGAGAAAAAAGAGACGAAUGAUAGUGAAUAGAAAAAUACCCUAACAAACUUUGACAGUGUAUAUAUAGUGUAUUUUUCUUAUGAAUGCCUAAGGCUGGGCAAUAAAAGUUGUACUUACAUAAAAGUCAAAGAGUAAUGGAUAAAUCGAGUAGCGUCAGUCCCAGUGAGUGUCGCGUAACCAGAUCAAGCAUGACGCCAACGCUGCGGCUGCAGCAGAGCCCCAGGCGUCAACAGCAGCAGCAACAACAACAACAACCACAUCAGCAGGAACAGCAGCAGGAACAACAGUUAAAUGAGGAACAACAACAAAUUAAAGCCAAGUCACCGCAGCAGCCGCUGUCAACGUCAACGUUGACGCCAACGCCGGCGCAUCAUCAGUUCCGUGCGCCCGCACAACAGCAGCAGCCAACCAAGCACAAGAGCAGCAGCAGCGGCAGCAGCAACAACAACAAUAAUAACAAUAACAACGGCAGCGGCAGCAAAGCCUGGAGCAAACGGCAGCACAAGACGAGCGGUAAAUACAACGCCAGCGCCUGCGUCGGCGCCAGCGCGCAGCAGCAGCAUCAUAAUCAUCAUCAUCACCAUCAGUAUCCCCCACAUCAUCAUCCCAAUGGCAGCGGCGUCGCUGCUCAAGCAGCUGCCGGCGCCGGCGUCGGUUCGCUGCCAACUGCCGCCGCAUCGGCAACUGCGGCCGCAGCUGCCGCCCACAAGGCCGAUCUGGAGAACAUACAGAAUAACAAAAAUCAAAUAGCUGGUGGACACGCCCACAGCGGCCCCCAUCAUGGCGGCGGCGGCGUCGGCACACAUCACAGCGUAGCCGGUAACGUUGCUGGCAUUGGCAGCGCUGCUGGCAGCGGUGGUCAUCAUCAUCACAAUCACAACACGCGGCUCGCACAGACGGCGGCUGCGAUAGUGGGCAACGGUCUGCCCAUGGCCGCAAUGGACGCCAAGUUGGGGCACGGGCACGGACUGAAGGGCCAGCAGCAGCAGUACAAGAAGAUGCUGACACACAGAGGUCAUCAUCAUCACGUGCUGUGCGCCGGCAACAAUGCGAAUCACACGUGCUGCCUUGUCACUGGCUGCAAUGGAAGCGUCGGCGCCGCCGGCAAGGAUACGCAAAGCAAUAAGGACACCAGCUCGUUGAGCGGCAACAGCAGCAUCAUUUCGGGCAGCGCUGCAGCUGCGGCGGCGGCUGCCAACGCCGUGCACUAUUGCUGCGGGCGUUCCAAGUUCUUUUUGUCCGAGAAACGUUUGCGCAAGGAGGUGAUUGUGCCGCCAACGAAAUUUCUGCUCGGCGGCAACAUCUCGGAUCCGCUCAAUCUCAAUUCGCUGCAGCACGAGAACACGUCGAAUGCGUCGUCGAGCAAUAAUACGCCAGCGACGACGCCGCGUCAGUCGCCGAUUACGACGCCGCCGAAAGUGGAGGUGAUUAUACCGCCGAACAUACAUGAUCCGCUGCACUUGCUCGAUCCGGUCGAUUCGAUGGAAUAUGAGAAGCAGCUGACGUCACCCAUGAAGCGGGGCGGCAUGCUGACGCGUGGCAGCCACUUGAAGCUGCAGCAGCAGCAGCAGCCGCAUCAUCGGCAGCACAGGGCGCGCAAAAAUCGCAAACGGCGACGUUUCGAUUCCAACAACACUUCGUAUGCAAGCGACGACGUUGCAGUCGCUGAGGGCGUCGCGGAGGCGUCAACGCUUUCGAUUUCACUGGAAGAUGCGCCAGGCGCAGCAGCAUCAGCUGCAGACGCUACUGCUGUAGCCGGAGCCGCCGUCGGCGCAGCAACAACAACAACAGCAGCAGCAGCGGCGGUGGCAGCAAGUGAAGCUGCACUGAUAACAACAACAGCGGCGACGUCGCCAGUAGCUGCACUGAGCGCCACAACGCUGCUGAGCGAGGCGGCAGCGUCGGCUUCAGUUGAAACAACGGAAUUGGCACAACAGCAGGCGCAUGUGCGCUCUCGCUCUCCGCAGGCAGCGGCCACCGCCGUAGAGGAGACAACAACGCCAGCGCUAGCAGCCGGCGCACAAACGCUCUCCCCUCUGGAACAAAUGGAAUGCAACGUGGUGCGGCCGGCAGCGACGUUAACGUCAUCACCACUACAGUCACACCAGCAGCAGCAGCAGCAACAUGUGGCCGUAAUUGCCGAGCCGCUCAGCAGCGACAACACCAACACGCCAACAGCGCCUGGCGACGGCAGCAGCAGCAGCAGCUCAGUCGAUUUGAGCCUGAGCGCGGUAACAGCCGCUUCGACGUCGGCAGCGGCGCUAGCUGUGGCGUCCACGCUGGCCGAUCGUCGUGCGCUGGCCAGUCGUGAUUUGCGCUUGGAUUUGGACAGCACGUGCUACGGUGUAGGCGGCACGGGUCUGAGCUUUGGCGCUGGCAGCGCAGCCAGCUUUUGCAGCGGCAGCAGGAAACGUAAAAUUAGCGAGAGCAACAAUUCGCAAAAGAGCAAGAAAUUCCAUCGUCACGAUGCCAUGGACAAAAUUGUUAGCCCGGUGGUGCCACAGCCGGGCGCCUGGAAGCGACCGCCGCGUCUGCUGCAGCCAAGUGGGGCACGCAAGCCAAACACGCGACGUUCAACAUCAUUUAGCGAAACGGAGCAGCUGAGUCCCGUCGAGGAGCUGCCACCCAAGCCGCUUAUUGAGGUGGUGGACAUACCGCGCGAUGAUACGCCAGAUCUGUCGGAGCAUGGCCUGGGCAGUCCGCUGAGCACCAUUUCCGCGGCCACUUCGCACACGGCCGGCGAACCGGAUGCACUUGCCGCGGAUGAGCCGGCAGCAGCAGCAACAACUGCAGCAGCAGCAGCAGCGGCACAGCCAGUCGUGGGUCUGAUGCUGGAGCCGGCUUUAAUUCCGCCACUGCACAAGGUGCCGAAGUUUCGGGCCGAUGGCCUCAAGUAUCGCUAUGGCAAUUUCGAUCGUUAUGUGGACUUUCGGCAGCUCAACGAAUUUCGGGAUGUGCGUCUGCAGGUGUUCGAGCGGCACGUGGAGCUCUUCCAGAACAAGGACAUACUCGAUAUUGGCUGCAAUGUGGGUCACAUGACCAUCACCGUGGCGCGCCACUUGGCGCCCAAAAGCAUUCUGGGCAUUGACAUUGAUCGCGAGCUAAUUGCCCGAGCGCGACGAAAUCUCUCCAUAUUCGUGCGCAUACCCAAGGAGGAGCUUCCGGCGCUGGAGAUUAAACAGGAAGCGGGCGUGCAAACGCAGGCACAGUCAGCGCCCGAUAAACUGGAGCCGAGCGAUGCCAAUGCGCACAAGAAGACGCGACGUGGCAAGAAGCGACGCAAGGCGCAACAGCAACAGCUGCAGCAGCAGCAGCUGGCACUGCAACAGCUGCAUGCACAUGCCCAUCAUCCCCAUCAUCCCCAUCAUCUACAUCAUCCACAUCAUCAUCAUCACCAUAAUCACCAUCAUCACCAUCACCAUCAUCAUCAUCAUCAGCAUAAUCAUUUGGAUUUGCAGCAGCAACAGAAACUGGAUGCACUGCUGGUCAAACCGCACGAAUUCUUUCCCAUCUCUUUUCCGCUCACCUAUGGCGGUAUACCCCACCUGCCGCCCACGGGCAAAUCGCCGGCAACGUUGGCAACGUUGGCUGCCGGCUGUAAAAAUCAAUUUCCGCAAAAUGUAUUCUUUCGCCAAACGAACUAUGUGCUUAAGGAUGAGUCCCUCAUGUCCAAUGACACACAGCAAUACGAUCUCAUAUUGUGUCUAUCGGUCACCAAGUGGAUGCAUCUCAAUUUCGGUGACGCCGGCCUCAAGUUGGCCUUUAAGCGCAUCUUCAAUCAGCUGCGGCCCGGCGGCAAGCUCAUACUCGAGGCGCAGAACUGGGCUAGCUACAAGAAGAAGAAGAACCUGACGCCGGAAAUCUACAAUAAUUAUAAACAAAUCGAAUUCUUUCCCAACAAAUUUCACGAGUAUCUGCUCAGCUCAGAGGUCGGAUUCAGUCACAGCUAUACACUGGGCGUGCCACGUCAUAUGAACAAGGGAUUCUGUCGACCCAUACAGUUGUACGCCAAAGGCGACUAUACGCCGAAUCAUGUGCGCUGGAGCGAUGCGUAUUAUCCGCAGACACCAUACGAGGCAUAUCGCGGCAUCUAUGCCACUUUGCCCGCCCAUCGAACGGGCGGCGGCAGCAGCAGCGCGGGCGGCAGCCACGGCGGCCACGCCCAGCUGCAUCUAUUGAGCAGCUCGACCCGUUCACAGAACUACGAUACGCCGCAUUAUGCGGGCAGCGCCUCCGGCUCGGCCAGCUGCCGCCAGACCCCAAUGUAUCAGCAUACGUACAAUCCGCUGGAGACGGACUCCUACCAGCCCAGCUACGACAUGGAGUAUCUUAAUCAUAUGUACGUGUUCGCCUCGCCGCUGUAUCAGACCGUUUGGUCGCCGCCGGCAUCGCUGCGGAAGAGCUCCUCGCAUACGCCCGUCUUUGGAAGCGUGCGGGAUGCCGAACUGGAUGGCGACGGGAGCAUUGGUGGCGGCGGCAGCGGCGGCGGCAGCUAUCAUCGGCACGUGUAUCCGCCGAAUGAUGACACCUGUUCACCGAAUGCGAAUGCAUGCAACGCCUUCAAUUCCAUACGCGAUGCGGAUACGGAUGACUCGAAUCAGUUGCCCGGCGGCAGCAGGCGGCAUGUGUAUGCCACAAAUUGUGGCGAGAGCAGCUCAUCGCCGCAGGUGAAUCAUCACGAGGCAAGCGCCGAGUUUGUCGACGCACUCAUGGACGAUGAGCAGAAGACGUCGGCUGCUGGCAGCGGCGCCGCUUACUGUGAUCUCUCGGAUGCCUAGAGUGGACGGACGGAAGGACGGCGAAAUUGAAACUAAUUGUGUCAAAAUGCGAAAAUUCAAGCAAAUUAUAUUAACAACAUUUAUAAACUAAAACGGAAAAUAUUCAAAAAGAGAAACAAAAUACAAGUUAACGAUAUAUGUUGCGCUAGUUCAUUUGAUUUUAAAUAUAUGUAUAUGGCAUACAUUUUAUUUAUAUAUAUAUUUAAUAUCUAUGUAUGUAUGUUAUAUAUAUAUUUUUUAAAUAUAUAUAUGUAACAUUUAUAUGUGUAUGUACAUAUCUGCCAAAUCCAAUCAACAAUUGCAACGCGCAUCAGAUUUAGAUCAAUGUAAACGCAAACGAGACGCUUAUGAUUUUCUGUAAUAUGAACUUGCAUAUAAAUACAUAUAUAUAAAUAUAUAUAUAUUUUUUAUAUAUUGUAAUUUAAUGGAAGUGCAUAAAAUACAAAUAUAUAUAUAUAUAUUAUAUAUGGACAUUUACCAUAGCCUUCGUAUAGUAAUUAUAUUAACUAAAAUUGUAAUUUGCUUUCCAAUGCAAUUUUCUAUUAUUUUCAAAUAUAUAUAUAUAUAUAUACUUUUAAUAAUUCUCUUGUUAGCAGUUCAAAUCUAAAUUUAAGGUUUUAAUGUAAAUUCGUUAAGCAAUAUACACAAACACAUACACUAUAUGCAGUAGCUUUAUAAGCAAAUUAAUUGUGCUAUAUAUAUAUAGAUAAUACGUAUAUAUAUAUGUGAAAAUUAACUGGAGAAACAAACGUAUAAAAUGCAACUAUUUUUGAUUAACGUAUUUGGAAAACGCUGCAAGGGAUCGAUGUAAAAAUAAAUAUAAAAAAUUAAAAAACAAAAGAUUAAAAUCAAUAAAAAAAAAAAACCCAUUCAAAAUUCAAAAA